AUGCCACAGUUGACACCACAGCAGCAGGCGCUGAUGCAACAACGGCGGCAGGCAGCCUUAAAUAGCCAGAAGAUGAGCAUGAGCAUGAGCGGUGCUCCCAUCCUCAUUCUCAUGCAGUUCGCGGACAACCUGGGACGUUUCAACGCCCGAGAAAAGGAAAACAACAUCGCUCACUGGAGACAAUUCGUGGCUCAGUUCUUCUCCGACGAAGGAACAUUACGUCACAUCCUAAGCGAUAUGAGCGACCAUCACACGAAACAGUUCGAUAUCCAGCAUAGCUCGCUACCACGAUAUUUCCUCGUCCAGUAUGAUAGUGGCAUCGAUCAGAUCCAAAUCAUUCUGGAAGGCACCUCAACUCGUGAUCUGGGAGGUGGGUUAUCUUCGGUCGAGUCCAGUCGAGCCAAAUUCCUCUACACGUUCCGCAAUGGAACUCUGCUGGUUUGCACGGGGACACUGCGUGCGUUAUUCUCGCAAAGUCAAAAAAUCGAGGCGCUCGAGAUCGCCGUCGAGAAACACAGCCAGUUUCUGCCGCGAGGACAAAUCGAGAGCUUGUUCAACAAACCCUCGCCGACGCAAGUCCAGAAGCCGUCCCCGCGCAUGAGCAAGAAGGCGCAAAACCAGAGAAAUAAGAAUCAAGAGCCCCCUCCGCCGCCAUCAAUCACGCAAUCCGACCUCCCCGACUCCGGAAUCCACAACUAUGGCACUACGGAGGCUAUGAUAAAUUUCCUAGAAAUCAACGAAACCCUCGCCCACCUCAAACCCCUAAUGUACUACGCCAAAGACCACCCCGAACUCACCCUCCCCCAAGCCCUCGACAACGUCGUCCAAACCUUCAACUCCCAAUCCUCCUCCAUCCUCUCUCUCCCCCCCUCCCAACCCCCCCCGGGCCCCACCUUCAAAUGCAACCUCAACCCCCCCAUCCCCCCACUCACCAACAACCCCAACCCAUGGUCCCCCCGCACCCCUCCUCCUUCCCCACCCCCCAACAACCCCAACCCCAACAGCCCCCUCGCAACCCCUCUCUCCAACACCACGCCAACUUCAUCAACAUGUCCUCCCACCUCACCAACCAACCCAUCCCCAACGGUGGCUCCCCCCACCCCGUCAACCUCAACGCCGCCACCGUCGGCGGCCCCGUCGCCUCGCCCGCCCAGGCCCCCGGCCUGCUCCCCCAGCUCAGCCAGCAGAGCGGCGGCAGCGCCACUGUCAGCGGCGCGAGCGCGAAUACGAGCCCGAACGUCGUGGCGGGGAAGAGAAGGCGGAGUACGGUGA